AUGAAGGAAUCAAAAGGGAAGAUGCAAGAGAGACAGCAGCAGCAGCAGGAGGAGGAGGAGGCGGAGGAAGGGGAGGCGGAGGGGGAGGAGGGAAUCACACAAACAAGCCUCCACACGCCGAACAAGGACGACUACGACAUCAACAACAACGACGACCACGACAACCAGCACGACGAGGAAAAGCGGAGUGCAUCCUCGACAAGCCACGACUCACGGCACAACCGGGUAUGUUUGCUCGCCAAGUACCGACUAACAGACCCAAUGGGAGGGAGUGUUCGUGGCCGGACAUUUGAUGCAGACUGCACCAUCAACCCCAACCACUGCUACAACAUCAACUCCAACUUUAGCAACACCAACUUGAAGUGCCACGGUAUUCACUACGACAUCAACUGCAACAGCUACCACAACAAGCACGCCAGACACCAAAACCACAAUUGGAGAAAAGAGAUGGCCCUUCGUUGCUGCGUCGGUUGUCGCAACAACGAGGGGCCCCAGCGGAAAGGCGUGCACACCACACGACACACCAUUAGAGUGCUCGAUUUCAAUCAAAGCCGGACGCUCAUUCGGGGCCCGGCCAUCGAUCGCCACACGGCGUUUGUAUGUGUUCACGUAGCGCCGCAACCGUUCUUUCUGGCCGUACGGCCGUGCAACCAAAACUCGACCAUGUGUAAUCAAUCGAUCAUCGACAUCUACCAGAUCCGAAGAUCAGACUGGCCAAAGGGGAAUGGAAGGCGUGCCCGACCACUCGCCCGCUCUUGCCUGUUGUGCCGAGAGAAUCGCGUUUUUCGACAGGCGUCACUACUAGUUCGUAAGAUGGUGCCAAACCCGGCCGUGGCAAAGACAAUUUGUUGCAUGGAUUUCUUGCCAACGUUCGUCUCGAGCCAUACGAAGAUCAUCCCCAAACACCCCAACAGAGCUUUGAUUACGCGGCAAACGUAUACGUGA